AUGGCUGCAGCUCCAAGUGAUUCCAUACCCUCUGUAUAUGGGGCUUGGGUCUAUUCAGAGUAUGGAAAAACUGCAGAUGUUCUGAAAUUUGAUCCAAAUGUGGCUGUUCCUGAAAUUAAAGAGGACCAGGUGCUGAUCAAGGUAGUUGCUGCUUCUCUUAACCCAAUUGAUUUCAUGAGAGCUCUUAGUUUCUUCAAGGACAUAGAGGACAAUUCCAGGUAUGAUGUGGCUGGUGUGGUGGUGAAGGUAGGAAGCCUAGUGCAGAAGUUUAAGGUGGGGGAUGAAGUGUAUGCUUGUUUGAGUAAUAGCAUUGAGAUUCCCCAAUAUCAUGCUAAUAAUAGCCAUGGGGAUCUCAAUGAGAAAGCAUUGGUGAAACCAAACAGGCUGGGGUCUUUGGCAGAGUACACUGCUGCAGGAGAAACCAUGUUGGCUCUCAAACCCAAAAAUCUGAGCUUUAUUGAAGCAUGCUAG